GGUUUAGAUAAUGUUGGUAUAUACUUAUGUGAUGUAUUUGAUUUUUAGUCUCUAUGUUUCUCUAUGGAAGGAGCACAGGAAAUGUUUAAUGGGCAGGCACGCCUAGAUUGCUCUCUCAAUUUUGCUCUCUUAGCAGCAAAACAUAAAUCCAUAGCUUGCUGACAAUGAAACCAUAUGGUAAGUCUUUCUCACAAUUCGGUUUUGCAAUAUAGAUAAUCCUGGCUGUGCAUGAGAAGAGAUAUUUUGGAUUAUUUUGUCUUAAUUCUUGCAUUAUUCUUUAUUUUUCAGUGUCUGGAAAUUACAUAUGUACCUAAGCCCAGAGGUUUGGGUGAAUGAAGAAUUUAUGGAGGCAGUGCAGCCGCAUCUUCCCUCCCCGGCUUGGCACGCUGCAGGUCAUUCACGGCAAUGGCACAGCCGUGGGGACAGUGAUAACGUUCCAGUGCUCUGCCGAGCACCAGUUGGAGGGACCAGGCGUCAUCACCUGCAUUUGGAAAGGGAACAGUACCCAGUGGACAGCCGGAGUGCCCUUCUGCAAGCCCAUAUCAAAAUAUGAGACCUUUGGAUUUAAGGUUGCAGUGAUUGCCUCCAUUGUGAGCUGUGCCGUCAUCCUGCUGAUGUCCAUGGCUUUUUUAACUUGUUGUCUUCUCAAGUGUGUGAAGAAAAGUGAAAGGAGGAGGACUCAAAGAGAUAUGCAGCUUUGGUACCAGCUCAGAACUGAAGAACUAGAGCACAUGCAAGCUGCUUACUUUGGUUUUAAGGGAAGAAACAACAACAACAAUAAGAAACUCAGGAAUAAAUCCGUAUUUGAUGAUGUGACUAACAUGGCAUAUGAUAACCAAGGCUUCUACAGGUUUCAGGAGGAGUGGACACGGGACAUCAUAGCUCCUGGGUGUUGCAAAGACAACAAUCAUUUGCCUAAGCUAACCAAGAGUAGUAAUGCAGCCGUGAAACAAGCUGUGCCAGGACACAAUGCUGCGGUACAGACAGUGAAUUCAAUACAUGUUGUUGAAGUCUAUGGACAUAAGGAUAGUUACAACAAACCCAGCUGUCAGUUACCUGGAUAGCUGGUGUCUGAAAUACAACUGCUCUUCUGGACCAAAAUGAAAUUUGGAUAGAAACAUGUGCCUUAAAGACAACAUAGAAAGUUAAUUAUUCAUAUGAAUUUGGAAGUUUUCUAUGUUCCAAGAUGGUUAUUUAAUAGAAAUGCUUCAAGGUCUGAUACAAAUAAAAACAUGAAUGUUGAGGCUGGCA